GUACCUGGGCUGUGUUGCACGGCAGCUACCAUGCUCUAGAGACUAAGCGGGAAGUUUACCGCCUCCACCGGAGACCAGCGAGCCACAGGUAGGAGGAGCGGGACUGGGUCUGGCACUCACCGCAACGAGGAAAGGAGAAAGCAACCUGUCCUGUACCGGUUACCACACAGCUGGUUUUGCACUCCACUUAUACAGCGUGCAGGAUUGGCUGGAAGCAGGGGCUCCAGAAUAAAGACUUUGAACUUGGGGACGAUAUAUACUUUUUAAGGACACGAGUUUCUCUGGAACGACUCCAUACUAGGAAGACACAUUUUAAGAAUACCGGGUUUGGGGAUCAACGUUUCGCUUUGGAAGGCGUGUAGGUGCCCCUUUAGGGCUUCCCUCCAUCCCCAUGGCGCUACCCGGCCCCUCACAAGACCAGGCUUGGAGCCUGGAACCUCCCGCUCCCACGGCCCCUGCCUCCUCAUCCUCGAGUUCCCAGGAGCGGGAGGACGCUGAGAGCCCGGUGGUCUCCGGGGGCCUUCCCUUGGAGAAGGUGAAGCGACCCAUGAACGCGUUCAUGGUGUGGAGCUCUGCUCAGCGCCGCCAGAUGGCGCAGCAAAACCCAAAGAUGCACAACUCGGAGAUCUCCAAGCGCCUGGGCGCGCAGUGGAAGCUGCUUGGCGAGGACGAGAAGCGGCCCUUCGUGGAGGAGGCCAAGAGGCUGCGGGCCAGGCACCUGCGCGACUACCCCGAUUACAAGUACCGGCCACGGCGCAAGACCAAAAACGCAGGCGCCGGGCUGCCCCACUUCGGCCAGGGAAGCGGCGGUGUGGCUGGCAGCGGGCCGGUCUGGGGAACCGGGUACGCGACCACCCAGGGGAGCAGAGGCUUUGGGUACCAACCCCCCAACUAUUCGACAUCGUACUUGCCUGGUGGUUACAGCUCUUCCCACUCUAAACCAGAGGCCUCAACGUGCUCCCUCCAUCAGAGUAACACUAGGCUCCAGGGAGAGCUGCUUCCCCCCUACAACCCCUACCUAUCCCCAGGCUCUCCCACUCCCUACAACCAUCCCCUCUCAGGGGCCCCCAUGCCCCUAGCCCACCUCUAACAAUCAUAGGUAAUGGACCUCCUGGGAAGGGCUCCAACCUCUUUUUCUUCCAGAACCACCCCCUACUCCCAAACUGCAAACCCUUCUUUUGCACUGUUGGACCACAGUUUUAGAGGAGGCCUGCAGACCCUGCCCCAAGUUAGGGGAAGCAACACAACUUUUUGUAUUUUUUUUGUAGGACAAACACUGUUUUGUACAAUUAA